AUGAGGGGCGAGAUUCUGCAUCUUCACCUCGGUCAGGCCGGUGUUCAGCUCGGUAACGCAGCUUGGGAGCUCUACUGUCUUGAGCACGGCCUCGGCCAUGACGGCCGCAAAGAUCCCAACGCCAAGGAUGACCAAGAUCCAGGCUCCUACGAUACCUUCUUCACCGAGACCGCCGGCGGCAAGCACGUGCCUCGGUCCAUCUUCGUCGACUUGGAUCCGUCUCCCAUCGACGAGAUUCGCACGGGCGAAUAUCGCCAGCUCUUCCAUCCCGAGUUGCUGAUCAGUGGAAAGGAGGAUGCGGCCAACAACUAUGCCCGCGGCCACUAUACUGUCGGAAAGGAGUUGAUCGAUACUGUCAUGAACAAGAUCCGCCGUGUUACUGACAACUGUCACUCUCUCCAGGGAUUUCUCGUCUUCCACUCGUUUGGGGGCGGCACUGGAUCCGGCUUUGGCGCUCUGAUGCUCGAGCGUCUUGCCGCUGAGUAUGGCAAAAAGACCAAGCUCGAGUUCGCCGUCUACCCUGCCCCCCAGACAUCCUCUUCCGUCGUCGAGCCGUACAAUGCAGUCCUGUCCACCCAUAGCACCAUCGAGAAUUCCGACUGCACCUUUCUAGUGGACAACGAGGCAGUCUAUGACAUUUGCCGAAGAAACCUCGACAUCCCUCGUCCUUCUUUUGACCACCUCAACCGUCUCAUCGCCCAGGUUGUCAGCUCCAUCACUUCGUCUCUGCGAUUUGACGGCGCCCUCAAUGUCGAUCUGAACGAGUUCCAGACCAACUUGGUUCCUUACCCACGUAUCCACUACCCCCUGAUUAGCUACGCUCCUGUUGUUUCUGCAAAGAAGAGCUCUCAUGAGAGCUUCAAGGUUCAUGAGCUGACCUUGCAGUGCUUCGAGCCCAACAACCAGAUGGUUGUCUGCGAUCCCCGGAAGGGCAAGUACAUGGCCGUUGCGCUGCUGUACCGUGGCGACGUGGUGACGCGCGACUGUACAGUCGCAAUCGCUGCCAUCAAGGCCAAGGCCACUUUCAACAUGGUCGACUGGUGCCCUACAGGCUUCAAGCUCGGAAUCAACUAUCAGAAACCCGUGGUUGUCCCCGUCUCCGCUUCAGAGGGCGGCCUUGCUCCCGUGCAGCGUUCCGUUUCCAUGCUCUCCAACACAACCGCCAUCGCCGAAGCCUGGUCGCGACUAGACUACAAAUUCGAUCUGAUGCAUAACAAGCGUGCCUUUGUACACUGGUAUGUCAGCGAGGGCAUGGAAGAGGGCGAGUUUUCUGAGGCUCGAGAGGACCUUGCUGCUCUGGAGAGGGAUUACGAGGAGGUUGCCGCCGACUCUACCGACCUCGAUACCGCCAUGGAAUACUGAAUGCGGUUCAUUGACGAACUGGAAGCAAAAUCAUAAACACGGACCGCUGGUGAUGACUGAACGAACUGAGAGAUUGUUUGUUAUUUGGCUGGGAGGUAUUUGGCUUGAGAGAAAAAAAAAAAGGUCGUAUUGGAGUCUGAUUAGAUGAGACCGCCCCAUCAUUCCCCUCUUUUGCUUUCCCACAUCCUUCCCUUUCUUUUGUUUUUUGCUUUUGUUUUUUUCUUUUUUCUUAUUUGCUGGAAAUGUACGUUUGGGAGCAGGCAUGCGAAAAGAAAAAAACUUGAUACCUCUAAUCCCACCAAAGUUCUCUUUCGUUGUACAUAAUGAUAUAUUCGGAUUUUUUGUCAAGGAGGCCUGGGA